CCCGUCUUAUUGCACUGAAGCGAAGACCUACUCCAUAAACAUUGGGGAGAGCCAAAGAGACCAUCCAUCCAUCCAAAUCAUCUCAAACAACUUCCAGAAAUGGCCGCCAUCUUAGCUCGCAAGUCAAUCUCUGCUAUUCGUUAUCGCCAGCUCGCUUUGGCUGGACAAGUGCUGCAAGGCCCUAACACAGUUUCUGGUGCACGUUCAUUUGCAACCAAACACUCCUUUUCCACUGAUAAAGAUGAUGAAGAAAGAGAGAAGCUGGCUAGGGAGAUCUCAAAAGACUGGAGCUCCGUGUUUGAGAGGAGUAUAAACACGCUAUUUCUGACUGAAUUGGUUCGAGGUCUGUCUCUGACUCUCAAAUACUUCUUUGAGCCAAAAGUUACUAUAAAUUAUCCAUUUGAGAAGGGUCCUUUGAGCCCUCGUUUUCGAGGAGAACAUGCCCUCCGACGUUAUCCAACUGGAGAGGAGCGUUGUAUUGCGUGCAAACUUUGUGAAGCUAUAUGCCCGGCUCAAGCUAUCACUAUUGAAGCCGAGGAACGAGAAGAUGGGAGCCGUAGAACAACAAGGUAUGAUAUCGACAUGACAAAGUGCAUCUACUGUGGAUUUUGCCAAGAAGCAUGCCCCGUUGAUGCGAUUGUUGAAGGGCCCAACUUUGAGUUUGCUACCGAGACUCAUGAGGAACUUCUAUAUGACAAGGAGAAACUGCUUGAGAAUGGGGAUCGGUGGGAAACCGAGAUCGCCGAGAAUCUAAGAUCCGAAAGUUUAUAUCGAUAAACGGGGUUCUGGGUUUGUAAUCUUUCGAGAAUAAAGUGAUCUGCCGUCGGUCAUGAAGAUGGUUUAUUCUGUAAUAUGUUUUGAUCUCGAGGUUGUAGAAACCGUUGAUGUCAAUAAAGACUGUUGUGGUUUUCUAAAGACGUAUACGAGCAAAUGGACUCGUGUAGGACGUCUUUGACUCCUCGGUUCGUACCUCUACGAAAGGUACGGGCGGCUUUUAAGGUAAACUCUACAUGUUUUGAGUUGAGCAGUGUCAGUUAGAAGUUCAUGACCCAAAAGUAAACAUCUACUAUUUGGGAAGUUGUCUUCAUAUAUAAAAACUGAGCACAUACAAUUUCAUUCUUUUUCAUGUUUUAAGAGGUAUUUAGAUGUGCUUUCUUUUU